AGUGGGCAGCAGGGACAAUAGCAGACAUGCUGUGUGGGCUCAACCGGGAGACCCCUGGAGAGGCUGACGAUGGGCCUUACUCCAAAGGAGGCAAGGACUCAGGAGGAGCCGAUGUGGCCCUGGCUUGCCGCAGACAGAGCAUUCCAGAGGAGUUCCGAGGGGUCACCGUGGUGGAGCUGAUCAAGAAAGAAGGCAGCACGCUGGGCCUGACCAUCUCAGGUGGCACCGACAAGGAUGGGAAGCCCAGGGUCUCCAACCUGAGACCUGGGGGGCUCGCGGCCAGGAGUGACCUGCUGAACGUGGGCGACUACAUUCGGUCAGUGAAUGGGAUCCACCUGACCAGGCUCCGCCAUGAUGAGAUCAUCACCCUGCUCAAGAACGUGGGCGAGCGCGUGGUGCUGGAGGUGGAGUAUGAGCUGCCCCCGCCUGCCCCUGAGAACAACCCAGGGAUCAUUUCAAAGACAGUGGAUGUCUCCCUCUACAAGGAGGGCAAUAGCUUUGGCUUUGUCCUCAGAGGAGGUGCCCAUGAAGACAGUCACAAGUGUCGCCCACUUGUCCUGACCUAUGUGCGGCCUGGGGGCCCUGCUGACAGGGAGGGCUCUUUGAAGGUGGGUGACAGGCUGCUCAGCGUUGAUGGGAUCCCGCUGCAUGGGGCCAGCCACGCUGCCGCCCUGGCCACUCUACAGCAGUGCAGCCACGAGGCCCUCUUCCAGGUGGAGUACGACGUGGCCAUUCCAGAUACUGUGGCCAAUGCUUCGGGGCCCUUGAUAGUGGAAAUAACCAAGACGCCGGGGUCAGCCCUGGGGAUCUCGCUCACCACCGGCUCCCACCGGAACAAGCCAGUCAUCACCAUCGACCGCAUCAAGCCUGCCAGCGUGGUGGACAGGAGUGGAGCACUGCAUGCUGGAGACCACAUCCUGUCCAUUGACGGCACCAGCACGGAACACUGCUCGCUGCUUGAGGCCACCAAGCUCCUGGCCAAUGUGUCAGAGAAAGUGCAACUGGAGAUCCUGCCUGCACCCCAAAAUCGGCGACCCCUAAGGCCCUCUGAGGCAGUGAAGGUGCAGAGAAGUGAGCAACCAUAUCGCUGGGACCCCUGUGUGCCCUCCUGCCACAGUCCCCGCCCUGGCCACUAUAGGACACCCGCCUGGGCCACACCUGCCAGCCAAGACCAGAGCCGAUCCUUAUCCUCAACUCCAUUCUCCUCGCCGAUCGUGAACCACACCUUUCCCUGCACCAACCCCAGCACCCUUCCCCGUGGAUCCCAGCCCAUGAGCCCCCGGACCACAAUGGGGCGGAGGAGGCAGCGGAGAAGAGAGCACAAGAGUUCAUUGUCGCUGGCCUCCAGCACAGUGGGGCCGGGUGGGCAGAUCGUGCACACGGAGACCACGGAGGUUGUGCUUUGCGGUGACCCCCUCAGCGGCUUCGGCCUCCAGCUCCAGGGCGGCAUCUUCGCCACCGAGACCCUGUCUUCCCCGCCCCUUGUGCGUUUCAUCGAGCCUGACAGCCCGGCAGAGAGGUGUGGGCUGCUGCAGGUGGGGGACCGUGUCCUGUCCAUCAACGGCAUUGCCACCGAGGAUGGGACAAUGGAGGAAGCCAACCAGCUGCUGCGGGAUGCUGCGCUGUCCCACAAGGUCGUGCUGGAGAUCGAGUUUGAUGUGGCAGAGUCUGUCAUCCCGAGUAGCGGCACCUUCCAUGUGAAGCUGCCUAAGAGGCGCGGUGUGGAGCUGGGCAUCACCAUCAGCUCGGCCAGCAGGAAGCGAGGGGAGCCCCUGACCAUCUCUGACAUCAAGAAAGGCAGUGUGGCACACAGGACUGGCACCCUCGAGCCAGGCGACAAGCUGCUGGCUAUUGACAACAUCCGCCUGGACAACUGUGCCAUGGAGGACGCUGUGCAGAUCCUGCGGCAGUGUGAGGACCUGGUGAAGCUGAAGAUCCGGAAAGAUGAGGACAACUCUGAUGAGCAGGAGACCACGGGUGCCAUCAGCUACACAGUGGAGCUGAAACGCUACGGAGGCCCCCUGGGCAUCACCAUCUCGGGCACAGAGGAGCCUUUUGACCCCAUUGUCAUCUCAGGCCUCACCAAGCGUGGUCUGGCUGAGAGGACUGGCGCUAUCCAUGUUGGGGACCGUAUCUUGGCCAUCAACAGCGUUAGCCUCAAGGGCCGGCCGCUGAGUGAGGCUAUCCACCUCCUGCAGGUGGCCGGUGAGACCGUCACACUGAAGAUCAAGAAGCAGCUAGACCGCCCGCUUCCACCCCACAAGUCAGGCAGCUUCAGUGAGCCCAGCGAUGCAGAUGAGGACCCGCCAGAGGCGCUCAAAGGAGGACAGCUGACAGCCCGGUUCCCACCCCCUGUGCCCAGUGUGGACAGCGCCGUGGAGUCCUGGGACAGCUCGGCUACAGAGAGUGGUUUUGGGGGCUCAGGGUCCUACACUUCACAGACGACAACCCGGGGUGUGAACCCCCAGGAGUGGCAGCCCAGCCGUCUGAGAAGCAGCCCCCCACCCACCAAGCCCCGGAGAACGAGCUAUACCCCAGCUUCUGCUGACAAGAGCUUCCCCGAGGAGGAGGAAGAGGAGGAGGAUUGGGAGCCACCAACUAGCCCGGCCCCCGGCCCUGCCCACAAGGAGGGCUUCUGGCGUGUGUUUGGGGAAGCCCUCGAAGACCUGGAGUCGUGUGGUCAGUCAGAGCUGCUGAGGGAACUGGAGGCAUCCAUCAUGACCGGCACCGUGCAGAGCGUGGCUCUCCAGGGCAGGCCUGGCCACCGGCCCUGGCGGAGGGGCCGGGAGGUACGCGCCUCCCCCGAAGAGAUGCGGCAGCUGCUGCUGCCGACAGCCCUGGAGAUGCACAAGGUGACCCUGCACAAGGACCCCAUGAGGAAUGACUUUGGUUUCAGCGUCUCUGAUGGCCUCCUGGAGAAGGGUGUCUAUGUCCACACUGUGCGCCCUGAUGGGCCUGCCCAGCGUGGGGGCCUCCAGCCCUUCGACAGGGUCCUCCAGGUCAACCACGUUCGCACGCGGGACUUCGACUGCUGCCUGGCGGUGCCACUCCUGGCUGAGGCGGGCGAUGUGCUGGAGCUGGUCGUCAGCCGCAACCCACUGGCACAGAGCAGCCGGACCCCUCGAGCACCAGGCCCCAGCAGCCCCCAGAUGCUCUGAAGUCAGUGUGGUCCAGACACCCAAGGGGCCACUAGGGCAGAUCCUGGCUCCCAGACCUGUAACUGGGCUGGGAAAGUGGCCACCCACGCGUUCAUCUGUCUAUCUGGCAGGCUCUGUUCUCCGAUUCUGUGGAACUGGGGUGCUGGGCACUGAGGUCCCUGCCCCAGUUGGAGUGGCAUCUGGUCUUUCUCCACAUUGGAUCUCCAAGAUGCCCAGAGGUGCCAAGACCAACAGAGAUAGGCUGCUCAGCUGGGAGAAGAGGGAUCUGGACAUGGCCCCAGGUCCCUACAGGGCUUCCUCAGAGGGUGUCUGGUGCGGGGAAAGCCUAGCUCAGUGUAGGGAGCACUU